GCGAGCACGUCGCCAGAAAGGCGCGCGUCCACGCGAGUGAGUCCAGAUGAGGUGAAAGGUGCCCCCCACCCUCAGCGUCGCCAUCAGUAUCAAAUUGCUUGUCUUCUUUAGGGGUCGCCAUGCUAAAGCUAACGCGCUGACUGAAGCUCGUGUGGCUGGUGGCUGACCCCACCCAACCCGACAUGCCGACGGACAUGGCGCUGCCCCUGUACCUGUCCAAAGAGGACUUGGUCUACAGGAGUGGCGCCCCCGCUGCCUCCCACCGUCACUUGGGCGGCAAAGUGAAGAAGCAGGUGACCUUCGCCGACCACAGAGGCCUGCCACUGACCAGGGUCAAGGUCUUCUCCCAAUUCACGGACCCCAUUGAGAUCCCUCUUCUAAUCCGUCGGACAGCGAGCGUGGCACCCCUUGCCAAAGGUGACAAGCUGGUCCUGGACUUCAGCCAACCGUCGUCCGAUUACAAGCACUUCCGCCAGUGUCUGGAGAGGAACUGCGUAUGCCUGGAACACUGCGUGCUCAAGGACAAGGCCUUGGCAGGAACCGUCAAGGUAAAGAACCUGUCUUUUGAGAAGCGAGUCAAGAUCCGCGUCACCUUUGACUCCUGGAAGAGCCACUCGGACGUGGACUGUGCGUAUGUGAAAGACUCGUACCCCACGCGGAACAGCGACACCUUCUGCUUCCAGGUGAGUCUGCCGGAGCUCCUCCCCCCACAGCAGCACGUGGAGUUCGCCGUCUGUUACCAGGUGGGCGGCGACGAGCACUGGGACAGCAACCACGGCCAGAACUACUGCAUCCUGUGGGCGUCGGCCAAGCAGCGUCGCGACGAUGCUCGACACUUUAACUCAGGGAUCUACUUGGACCGAUACGGCAGUCCCACCUGCGGACACGGCAUCUUCCCCGAGUGGCCGAGUUACGCCGGCUACGAGAACAUGGGCCCGUACUACUGACUACUUGCCAAGACGAGAUGCCUAUGUCGCGCACUUUUAAAAAAGAAAGAAAAACAACAUCCAACCUCUACUGACCAAAAAGUUGUAAUUUUAAAUCAUCUGAAUGAAAGGCUUCUUAAUAAAGACACACCUUUUUAAAUGUGCACACUGUGAUGAAAGCAUGUCCUCAUGACCAAAGCCACCUGUUUGUUGUCUUCCAAUGUCUUUUAUU